UGGGCUCAAGACACACCUUACCCUACAUCAAGUUGUACAGACAGCUGAGCGAAAACGGGCGGAGAAGGCCGCCUCCUGCCCACCGGUUACUCCGACGAUGGCACUCACAUGCAUGCUGAUCUGCUUCCUCGUGCUGCUGGGUUUAUCCUUGACACUGACCAUGGAAUCAGGGCCGUCAGCAUCACGUGAUGAAGACACACAGACAAGGGACACCAAUAUGAAAGAUCAAGUACUUCGGAGAAUGAAAAGAGCACGAUUUGGUUUUAGAAUGAGAACACCCAGCUUUAAACCCAGGAUUCAUAUUAAACCAAUGGCGGUCAUGCCACCGCGCAAGCUGACUGGCGACGAUUCGCCGAGACUCAGAGCAGGUUCUGACAGUGAUGAUGCGCGGAGUCACAGUCACAGUCACGACUCGCGACGGCAGAAUGAUGCCAACACUGACAUCGACGACGCCAACGACCCACAUAACGAUAAACCGAUGUACAGAGAGACAAGGGACCAGGUCGAUGGAUUUGCCGCCCAAAUUAAUCACCCGAAAAAGCACGUAUUAAGGAAGACGUUCCGAGAGGCGAUGAAAAGAGCUUACGAGGGAUCUGCUUCGGCCCGCAAUAAACUCAAGAAAGCUGCUAAACUGCUUUUGGAAUACGGUCCAGAUUUCUUUGACCUUGGAAGCUCCAUCAUGGAUAUGGUCAUGGCGGCCGAGGAUCUGCAGGCGUCACUCCAGCCACAGGCGGAACCGACACACAGCACUGCACGUGACCAGUACGGCGCAAACGACAGCACGGCAGACGACAAUCUGCUGCCCCUCUUACAGGCGAUGCUGGAACAGCAUAGUUCAGGUUCAGGAUCAAAUUUCCAUGGCAACGGAAUCUUCCCUGGAAACGUUGUCGUAAUUGUUGCAGUGCAUGCCCUGGUUUACGUGUAGAAGCACAAAUCCGUACGCAUUUGGAAUAUCAGUUCAGAAAUGAAAACCCUUAUAAAAUUGAAAGGAAAUCCUAAUUUUCGAUUUUGUCAAUUCGUGACAACAUAACAUGUCUAUGAGCAAUAUAGAAAAAAUAUUAUCUACUUGAAUAAAACUUAAUUUCCA